AUGAUAACUGUCCUCGCGCCGUCGUCCGCAUCACCAGCAUCGUUCACCGUCUUCACCAACAUCCUCGCCCUCAUCCUCGUCACCAUCCUCAUCCCCAUCCUCGUCAAUAUUCUCGUCAACACCCUCGUCAACAUCGUCGUCAACAUCGUCACCAUCCCCUUCUUCACCGUCGUCAACAUCCUCCUCCUGAUCGUCAUGACGCGGGCCCCGCUGCCCGCUGCCUCGGGCAUCCCAUCCCUUGCAUGCUCGGGCAACCCCGCGCUGAUCAUGAGGCUCCCGGCCGGCGAUGCUUGGCGAGGACGGCGAGGAGCGACCUGGGCCGGGGGCCACUGCCUGCACGGCGAGGGCAUCCUACUCGAGAGGGCCGUCGGGCUUUUACGGGAGGGGCAGAGCCCCGUCCUCCUCCUCGCCGUCUUCGUCAUCGACAAGAAAAUCGUCUGGUACGAGUCCCUCCUCCUCCUCGGCUACGCGCUCUACGUCUUGUGGAUGACCAAGAACCGCAAGAUUGCAAAGGCCACGCAAGACACGAUGGGCGGCGGCGACGAGGAGCCGGCCGCCGAGUCGACGGCCGAUCCCGGUCUACUCGCAUCCGCGAAGCAGCUCUUGAGCCGCACCCUCAUGUCGCUCUGGGGCGCCAGCCUUGGACGGCCAACAAGCUCGCGGCGCGAGUGCGAUGCGGAGGACCCACCUUCGCCACCGCCGCAGGCGAUCCAAAGGACCUGGCUUAGGGCCAGCAUGGGUGGAAGCCCCUCGCCGCAGUCCUCACCGUCCUUCCACCCAUGCCCGUCGUCCUUGCCACCAGCCCACAAGGACCAGAGGUCCCUCGCAGGGCCCGCCUCGAAAGUUUCGAGCACCCCUCUUCCGGCCGCCCCGGCAGACGCAAAGCCGCGAAUGUGGCAGCUGCCGAGGGGCAUGAGGGUGGCCUUGAGGGGGCGUGAGUCAUCGGCAGAGGAUGAGGAUCUGCUCGUCUUCGCUGAGCGAGCCGCGUGCUUCGCGCGCGCAGCCCUCACCGCUUCGAAACAACACCUGCUAAUUUACCCGCUCCUCCUCCUCGGCGUGCCGUUCCUGGUGGCGGUCGUCGUGCACUCGCCCGACACUUUCAUCGACAAGGUGGCGGUCGCCGCGCAGGCCGUGCUCAGCGCCAACGGCCUUGCUCUGGCCCUCAGCUCACUCGCCGUUUUGUACGUCGGCGAGCGUGGGGCGGCCGCCGUCAACGCUCGGAUGUCGCAGACAGAGUUGGCUCUGAGCGCCGCGGUUGGGACCUUUGCUGCAUACUACAACGCGACUGCCCUUGCCGGCGUUGCUCCCCCCCAUUCGCGUGUCCCCUUCGUGGGCCUCACUUGCUUGUGGGCGGGCGUGAUGCGAGCCGGAUGCUCUCGAGGACGGUACGCGCUGGUCAUCUCGAACAGGCCAAAGGCGCGGCAGCCGGUGCAGGAGGCGAAGUGGGAUCCGGCGCUCGAGAAUACCAGUCGCUCCUCCAUCUUCCUGCGGCUGCGCAACGCAAAGCUGGCCGCAUACCGUCUCGUCAUCAUCUUCAACAUGACGUGGGCUGGCUUCAGCGUCGUGCUCCUCGCAUGGAGCAUCCAAGCCGCCCUCAUUGUGCUCGGCGCGAGCGCGCAAGACCUCGUGUCGGCGAACGGCAUCGCGGGCAGCAACGCCCCGCUAUGCACCAGCGCCCUCUCCCCCUACGUGUGUGAAAGGCUACUCACGAAGGGUGGCCUCGUCGGCCUAUUCUUCACAAACGGCUUCGUUCGCGUCAACCAUUUCUCGAUUCCGAUCACGGGAACCACAUCUAGCGGCAAGACGCUGCUGUUCGUCACCCCGGUCCUCGCGCACACGCUGACGCUCCUCUGCUCUGUGGCGCUCCUUGUCGCCCUUGCGACGCACGACAGCUUCGCCUCGCGGCAGUCGAAACAGCACCUCAUCGCGCUGCUCGUCGCGCUGCCGUUGCAUGCCUUUCACCUCGCGUUCGGCGCCCUCCGCGCGAUCGACUACGCCGUCGCCAAGCACCGGAGGCUCUCUCGCGGCCCGAUUUGCGUCGAUCUUUGGAGGACAGAAUCACGAUACGGGACCACUGAGCUCAACUCGGCGGAGUCUUCCGUCCACUCACAAGCGUGGUACAGUGCAGGCUCGAGCGCUAACCUCUCGAUGGACGGCUCGAUGCACGGCUCCCUGGAUGGGUGCGUGAAUAUCGGCGGGGUGUCAGCGCCGCCCGUGUCCCACCAGCGGCCUCUGCGCAUCCUCUGCGUCGAUGGCGGCGGCAGCAAGGGCACCGCUGCUGUCGUGCUGCUGGAGGCGCUCGAGCGCGCGUGCGGCCAGCCGCUGCACGAGAUGUUCGACAUCGUCGGUGGCACAUCGAUCGGCUCGGCUCUGACGACAGCGUUGGCGCUGCAGCAGCCAACUUCGAUUAUGAAGCAGAUGAUGGAGCUCCUCUCGUGGCGCGGCCACGCCGUCGCCAACCGUGGCAAGGGCGUCCUCACGCGCGCAUCGAAUUGGCGGCUGCUGCAGUCAGGCGCCCGCAUCGCCACGAAGGACGUUGAGGAGCUGCUCCACUGGUGCUGCAAUCAGGCGUGCGAGAGCAUUGGCAGGAAGGGGAUGGAACCCAUCCAGCCCGCCACCGCGCCCGCGCCCGCGUGGGCGAGCGAGGAGGAGCGCGCGAAGUGGCGCAAUAGCGGCGACCAUGCGCUCGACGGCCGCCAUCAACCAGUCACGCCGUACCUCGCCACAGUCGCCUCCAAGAUGGAAAGGGGAGGGGAGAUCACGCCGUGGGUCAACACGAACUACGCGCGUGACGGCGCGUUUGCGCACUCGGGCGCAAAUGACUGGACCGCCUUUGAGAUCAUCCGGGCGUCGUCUGCAGCGCCCACCUACUUUCCGCCGUUCGUCCGUGCGGACGAGUCCACUUUCGUCGACGGCGGGCUCGUCGCCAACAAUCCCGCGAAGAUCGUGCUUGCGGAGGCGCAAGCACUUUUCCCCGGCCGCCCGAUCGGGUGCUUCGUCUCGAUCGGGUGCGGCAAGGACACCAAGAGCGAGGACGAGAGCGUGGGCACCGACAAGUCGGUGCUCUACUGGGCCAUGAAGAUGAUCUCGAUGCCGACAUCCGUGUACGCGACGCACAAGGAGGUGCAGCAGCAGCUCAAGUACCAUAACCACCCUUCGCUGCCGGAGCCGUGCUACUUCCGCCUCGACCCGACCCAAGACUUCGAUAUGGGCGAGAGCAGGGAGGCGGCCGUGAAGGCGAUGGCGAAGGGGGCGUACGACUAUGCGAUGAAGCAAAAGGAGAAGAAGGUCGACCGCGUUGUCGCCAGCCUGCUCAUGCUCUCGGGAGCGAUCGACGCGGACCCUGUGCUGCUGCAGCGCAUUGCGAGCAAGACAGCGGACCCCGACCGCGUGCAGAGGGCCAUCAGGCACAGCGGAGGGACGCCGGUCCAUCGUCUCCGAGCGCACGACGAGCGGAUGGCGCGCCUCGCGAAAGCACUGGGGCGCGAGGGCUGA